UUCCACCUCCUUCCUCUUUUAGUUUUGUUCGCCAGUGGCAAGUGGCUGAAGGAGGAAGUGUGAGAGCGAGAGUGAGCAAAAGCAGAGGGUUGGGAGAUGGAGUCGAGGCUGUAGUUUGCUCCUGCUGACAGCUUGACCCACGGGACCCGUGUGGAGAGAAAAUGCACCUGCUGCUGCUCUUACCCCUCCUCUUCUGGCUUUCAGGCUCAACUGCCAUCAGGGGUCCAAAAGCAGUGAGCGGCCUGGAGCGGGGAUCGUUGACUGCGCAGUGUCGCUAUGGCCAAGGGUGGGAGACCUACAAGAAGUGGUGGUGUCGAGGAGCCGAUUGGAAUCUCUGCAGGAUCCUUGUUAAAACCACUGGAUCAGAGCAGAAGGUGAAGCAGGGCCGUGUGUCGAUCAUGGACAAUCAGAGAGACCACGUGUUCACCGUGACCAUGGAGGAGCUCAGGCAAGACGAUGCGGACACUUACUGGUGUGGGAUUGAGAGAACCGGAGCGGACCUGGGGGACAAAGUUAAAGUGACCAUUGACCCAGCACCAACUACAGCGUCAACCACCACCUCCACCACCACCACCACCACCACCACCACCACUACCGUGUCCACAGCACCAGUCACCCCAGAAGAGACCCAAGUCUCCCCGACUCUGACCAGCUACCACUCUGACAGCAGAGCACCUAGGAGUGGGGGUUUCCAGGCUGGAAACCACAGGCCUGCAGGUCAAAAGGUCCAAAGUGGUGCCUCCAUAGAGCCCAGCGUCCUCAUUCCCCUCAUCUUUGCCGUGUUGCUGCUUCUCUUGGUGGCAGCAGCGCUCUUGGCUUGGAGAGUGGUGAAGCGACAGAAGAAAGCUCCUGGGAUAUCCCCAGAGCAGCCCCUGGAGAGCGACCUCUGCUAUGCAAACCUGACCCUGCAGCAGACCGGAACCUCUCCCCGCCCCUCCCGGAAGAAGUCCUCCAGAAAGCCCAGUUCCUCUGCCCAGGCGGACCAGGUGGAAGUGGAAUACGUCACCAUGGCUCCCUUUCCAAUGGAGGACAUUUCCUAUGCGGCUCUAUCCUUGGACACCUGGGGACAGGAACCAACCUACAGCAACAUGAGCCACCUCAUCACCCACACCCCCAGCAGGAGCCAUGAGGAGCCCACGGAAUACAGUGCCAUCAGGAAGCCUUAGCCUGUGCUCCAGGACCCCCACUCCAACUCCACGUGGCCUGUGGGCACGUUCCUACCUCGUCUGCUUUCUGCCCACAGUCCCCUCACGGGUCCAAGCGAUGACUGAGGCCUUUGGCUGAUCCAGCCAGCAUUACCUCUUGCUCUGACCUGGGCUCAGGGGGCUUCUGGGAGAUAGACAGGGAUCUCUCCUCAUCACUUCCUCUCCCACAGAGCUUGGGAGGGACUAGUGCUAUGCUCCAGGGCUGCCGAGGGAGUAAUAAUGAUGAUGAUGAUAAUAAUAGUAAUUGACCUUUAUUUAUCACUUACCAUAUAUGAUGGACCAUGGCCCCCCAAAAUAUCUGCAUCCUAAUCCCCAGGACCUGUGAACCUUAUCUGAUAUGGCAAAACAGGCCGUGUAGAUGUAACGAAGGUGAGGAUUGGAGAAGGGGAGAUUAUUCUGGAUUAUCCGGAUGGGCCCUAAAUAUAAUCACAAAAGUCCUUACAAGAGCGACAUAAGAAGUUCCCAAGAGAAGGAGGCAAUGGGAUGAUGGAAGCUAGGUUGGAGUGGCCAGAGCUGAGGAACACCGCCACCUCUAGAAGUUGGAAAAGGCAAGGAACGGAUCCCCUCCUGGAGCCUCCAGAAGGAAUCAGCCUGCCGACCCCUUGACUUUAGCCCAGUGAAACUGAUUUCGUACUUCUGGCCUCCAGAAUUGUAGGAGAAUAAAUUUGUAUUGUUUUAAUUAA